AUGACUCCAAACACCGCUCAGAGCACUCCCGGUAGCUCACAGAACAUAAAUCAACUUCCCAAUAAGAAGCGCUUGCGUGACAUCGACGAAGACGAUAACGAAAAGACCCACCGAAAAACCAAGAAACACAAAUCGUCCCGAAAAUAUAAGAAACACCGAACUUCCUCAGGUCGCAAAUCGUCCCGCAAAACUGUCAAGCCUAUCCCGGAGGAGAUACCAGAAACACCCCCUAAGCAGUCGCCAGUGCUUUCCGGGUUCACCCCGAUCAACAAGAGCCGAAAACAAAACCCUGUACCUCCACCAAUCCGGACUGAAACCCGGACUCCGCCAAAUACUAACAUAGCUCCAUCGGACACUGAAGGGAUCUUCCCGAGUAACUGGGGAGCAACCCUAACUGAUUCCGACUCCUUUCACGACUUUAGUUCCGAACCCUCUGAACCAUACAUAAGUGACGAUCAAGACCCAGCAACAGGUCCAGCAACAGGCCCACUAGCAGCAGUCUCCACUGCUUCCUCAGCACGCAGCAGUGCUUCACCAGAGGCCCUUGUACGGACGACCGUACUUAGGGUUAGUGCUACCCCACCAGCACCCGCUAGUGCUCCACAAAAGAACGUUGCCCGGAAGACUAUAGUCCCAAGUCAAGUUCUCACUUGGUCCAAGUCUAGUGCAGUCCGCUCAACAGGCCCAGCAGCAACAGGCCCAGCAACAGGCCGCUCAACAGGCCCAGCAGGCUCUACUACUCCCUCACCAGCACCCGUCAGUGCUCCACCGAAGGUUCUUGCACCGGAGACCCCUACAUUCAAGCCCCGACGCCCCUCUCGGUUAUUUUCUAGUGCAAGCCCGUCCGAACUAAUAGACCACCCCUCACCAGUACGACAGAGACGAAUUAGACCCGAGCCAUCGCCGAUUGUCCAAGAGACAUCCCCGAGUGUUCAAGAGACAUCCCCGAGUAUUCAAGAGACAUCCCCGAGCUCGACCGCAUUCAAGAUGACUCAAGCAAGCAAAGCGAAGAUGACUUUAGGUCUACUCAACCUACCUAGAGUGUACACCAGCAUCCGCAACAGCCUAAAGGCGGAGAUGCAAAAUGUGGGUUGGGUCAAUAAAAGCACGUCCGGUAUGGCUGCGUUCAAUGCCCUAUGCCUUUACUUGAUGAACUUGCCCUCCCUCAACGGUUUUCUGCCAAUUUGGACUGGGGGUGACUCCGAUGCCCGUAGAGCACUGGCGAGUGCUCUACAGUGGCUCAUCGCAGAUGUUGGUAUGAAGGAUAGAUUAUCAAGGGGACAGGGAGACCGUCAGUUCAAAGAGGCUGCCGGUGAUAGUGAUGAUGAUGAUGACGGUGGUGGUCAGGCAGCCGGAAGACGCUCUCGCAAAGGGAAAGAGCGUGCAGUACCUCCGGAACUCGUGCGACCUUCCAUAAUGGUUACCGUGGUGGACCCCGAUGCUCUAGGGGCAUUCUUUAUGCUCGUCCCACCACCUACUUAUGACUGGAAUGAUCCCCUGAACGAACCUUCGUUCAUCGGAAUUUUGACCAAGAUAACUUUCCCCGAGCUAUGCAACUUGAUCCUGAAGCACACCGCACCCGGCAGAGCAGUCAGGACUAUGUGGGGGGCAAUUGAGAAUGUCCCCCCGGCAGCUGUUCCUCCCGUUCGGCCGGUGGAGGUACAAAUUACCGAUUCAGAGGAGCUCGAAGGUUGGUUGAAGAACAGCAAUACCAGGCCUCGGAGGAUAUUGGCGGUCCUCCACAGAGCAGGCGCGGGUGCUAACCUGGGUGGUGCGGAAUCCCCCCCGUUGAACCCAGCUUUCCCUCACGUUGAGCGUCGCGAUAGACAGCAGGAUGCUAUCGACGAUUUAGACCCCAAAUACCUUAGGAAGUAUCCUUUGGGUGUCGGGGUUGCUGACCCAAACUUCUUACAGGGGACGAUAUGGACACCUGCCGGGAUAGCAGCCAAGAGAGCUGCUGACGCACUCGCGGCUGCUGGUGCUGGAGGUGGUGGUGGUGGUGGUGGAGGUGGUGGUGGAGGUGGUGGUGGUGGAGGUGGUGGUGGUGGUGGUGGUGGUGGUGGUGGUGGUCUAGGACCUCCACCGCCUCCGGGCGGACCUCCUCCUCCUCCGGGCGGCGGUGGUGGUGGAGGACCAGCUGGAGGCGGUGGUGGUGGUGGUGGUGGUGGGCCAGCCGGAGGCGGUGGUGAUGGUGGUGGUGGGCCAGCUGGAGGCGGUGGUCAUGGUGGUGGUGGGCCAGCUGGGGGCGGUGGUGAUGGUGGUGGUGGUGAUGGUGGUGAUGGUGGUGGGCAUCAUUAG